GCACUGGAGGCAUGCCCACAGAAAGGAACGGCCGUGCUGAGUUGCGCGAGCUCUUGGCCGAGCAGAGCGUGUUUUCGCUGAACGGCAGGAAGGAUGCGUCUCUUCGGUUUAUGUGGACUUCAUUUCUCUUGUCGAAACUGAAUGGUGAUAUGUAUUUACGGCUACUAAUUCACACAUUCGCGAGGGGAGAAAAGUAGUAACUUGUGAGUGAAUAGUGAAGGGAGGAAACGGUGACGCUAGUUACCUGCGGAUGAAAGUACAAACCGUCGGUUGCACACAAUACUGUUGGUAAAGGUUCCACAACCUCUCUGGAACUCUGCAUGUACCACAUACUCUCUGGAAACUGCAUGUACUUUCAACUCUAACCUAUUCAUAAAAUAUACAAAUUAACUCAUCUGGAUUCAGAUAUAAUUUGGGAGUAUAAAUUUGCAAAGAUGCCCAUCUUGAAGCAAUUGGUGUCAAGCUCAUCUCAGACCAAGCGACGCUCUCGCAUGGACCUUACCACAGAGAUGAUUAGUGCUCCAUUAGGAGAUUUUCGUCACACCAUGCAUGUGGGCAGGGGUGGUGAUGCUUUUGGGGACACAUCCUUUCUCAGCAGCCGCUCCGGCGAACCCCCACAAGAUGCCAGUUCCAAUCCCCGCUCUCCCAAGCUGGGCCUACUGUCCAGGACUUUCAGAAGCAGCAAGCGGUCUCAGUCUGUCACUCGUGUGGACCAACGUGACGGCACACAACUACCCCCGAGUGAUUCACCGACAUAUGUGAAGAAUGCCCUGUCACUGCCUUUUCUGAAUGAUGGGGAUGGGGAUACUGAAGGUGGUCGGUUGCUCAAGAGCCUAGCCUCCAGCCCCCUGAAGCAGCAGGCCUCCAAUGGCGCAGCCGCCCAUGGUCUAGACCUGGAGCUCCACGAGAGAUCCUUUGGAGAGCUGACCGACUUGCGACCCUCUCCAUAUAAUGGAGGAGGCAUGAAGCACGCUGAAUCAGUUAUGUCAUUUCAUGUGGAUCUCGGGCCUUCUAUGCUAGGAGAGAUUCUAGGAGUCAUGGAGAAGGAGGAAGAUGACCUGGGCUUUGAGGAGGGCAAAAACAGUGACGGACAGGCAUCUCCUCUUCUCAGCCACCAAAGAUUAGAGGAGGAGGAGGAUGAAAUGAGAGUGGAGGAGGUGAAAAUAGAGGAGGAGGAGCAGGAGAUGGAUCUGGAGGUGAACGAUGAGGCUACUCUUGAUGCUCCCAGUUCAGAAGAUCUGGGACUUAGAAGUGAGAUCAUUAGCACCCCUGAGCCUCAACACAAACACCUGCAGCACUCUGACAGCUGCUCUGUCUCCAGCUCUGGAUCCCAAACCAUAGAGGACAAACAAAUCUUAAAGCCCUAUCAAGGAGACAUAGACAGCACCAAUUACAACUACCACCCUGGGGAGGAAGGAGCUUUCUCUUCGUUCUUGGAGGACGAGGAUGAUGAGAUCCGUGUGUGAGACUCUUAGCUUUGUGGAUUGUGUAUGGGGUUAGAGACAUGUAAGCAAUGGAGACACCAUGUUAAUGAAACUGUUGCAGGACCCUGUGAGGGAAGUAAGCAAAACAGGUCUAAUGGCCCAGCAGGGGACCUCAUAGUACCACUGUCAGACAUGUUCACUCAGCCUGGGUCUGGCAAUUGCCACUUUUUUGCCAUAGGAGACUCCUGAAGAUGAAGAAAAGAAACAUCUUGAAUGCCUUAACUUCAUCCCUUGUCUUUGCGUCUUCAGACUCCAACAUUGAGUAUUUGUGUGUAAGGUUUUUGGUUAUGUGUAUACAGGUGCUGGCUAAUGGUAUCUCCCGACACAUUUUUUUCACUACACAAUAAGCAUGUUCUUUGCUGAAGGUUUAAAGAAGCAUGUAGCUAAUGCUGGUAUGCCCACAGGACAUAGUAUGUGUCUGCUCUGCAUGUGGAUGAGUGCAAAAACUUUGACAGUAAUUACAGCAUUGUAGUGCGUGUGAAGGAUUUUGGUUACACAUCCUGUUAGACACUGUCAUUAAGGCGGCUGACAGAGAAGGAUGGGAAAUCAUUCUGUAAUAAAGAUAACAAACCAGAAACUGAAAGGGGGAGUAGUGGCAGAUGUUUUGUGUUCCGUUUUCCCUCCACUAACUGUCCAUAAUUCUGUGUUAGCAAGUUGUGACAGCUGGGAAGUGUCAUGUCAGGGGGGGGGAUUCAUGUUUGUAGAGGAUUUUGUAUACUCGAUGCCUGUGUGGUGUCUUUAUCUCACCACUUCCUUCCUCAUCAUGUGACCGUAACUAUUUAGCUCUGCAGCUAGCUGGUUAAGAAGGUGCAUAAGUUUUGCCGUAUUAAGUUGUUUUGCCAGAAACAGGCUGGGAGAUUGGGUUGAAAUUGGGUUUUCCUACUUGGCUUUAUUAUAGCAAAUAAGAAGACACUGCACUGUUUAAGCUAAACUUGGUUUUGGUAUGAGAGGCCGUGUAUUUCAUUCAGAACCACUGUAUAGUGUUAAAAAUCACCUUGGUGAGGGAAAACUUGUACACUAACCUUAUCAUUUGUUCACAGAAAUCAUGUUGUAAAAUGUGAUUGUGAGGCCUUUACUGCUGCCCAGACUGUGCUGAU